GAUAACAAGCCCUCAGCCUUUUAAAGCCCAUUUCAGAAGGGAGUAACAGGACAGACAGAGAAAGAGAGAGAGAGCAAGACGGGACAGAAGUUGUGCAGACCUGGGAGUGUGUGUGCAUGUGUGUGGAUUGCCAGCAGCUGGAGAUCAGUAGCACAGAAUACCCAAUAUGGCAGAAAGCACAGACAUGGACCAGCUUCUGAGCUCCUUUAAGAAGUUCGCUAUUCAUGGUGACACCAAAGCCACUGGGAAGGAGAUGAAUGGGAAAAACUGGGCUAAGCUGUGCAAAGACUGCAAAGUCACUGAUGGCAAGAAUGUCACCAGCACUGAUGUAGAUAUUGUCUUCACUAAAGUCAAAGCAAAGACAUCUCGUGUUAUAACAUAUGAGGAGUUCCAGAAAGCUCUAGAAGAAUUGGCCCCAAAGAGGUUCAAAGGUCAAAGCAAAGAAGAGGCGUUGCAGUCUAUAUAUAAGCUAAUUGAGGGCAAAGAACCUACCAACGUUGGUGUAACGAAAGUGGCAAAAACUGCUGCAGUGGAUAGAUUAACCGACACAACUAAAUAUACAGGCUCACACAAGGAGCGCUUUGAUGAGAGUGGGAAAGGCAGAGGAAAAGGUGGGCGGGAGGAGAUUGUGGAGCACACGGGCUACGUAGGGGCCUACAAGAACGCUGGGACUUACGACGAGAAGACGAAGGCCAAGUAAGGCCCAACUGUUUCCAUGUCAACGUGUUCAAAGCUCUGAGCUCCAUCUUCAUCAGCACUUAGGUCUGGACCAAAGCCAAACUUGAACUUUGACCUGUAAAAUCACACAGCCACUAUGCAGUGUAACACAGGAAGUGUUGUAAAUGUUUGUCUUUAAGGAUAAAGAACAUAGUAUUACAGUCAGUUUUCGUUAGAAAGUUGACAGAAGGGUAAGAGAGGAACUGGUCUCACUCCUUUCAUGCAGUUACUAGCCCUUGCUGUAGGAUUUCAGGUGAAAAAAUCAGAGCAAGCAUAAAGACAGCUCUGCUGGAGGGGAAAAGAUAGUGUAUUUGUUUCAGUUUUUAUGUUGCUGUUUAAUAGCUACAAGAAAGGUGCAUCUGAACAUUACUAUACUUUGGAGAGGGAGAAGUGAACACAGGAAGCUCUUUAAAAGAUUUUCUUUCUUCUAACAUGUGUAUAGACCUCAGUUUGGGUAAUGCCACAUUACAUUUUUGACAGGAAUGAAAACGAGGCUGUGAGGGACAGAAUGUUCAAUGUUAUGAAUGCGUUCAAUGUUGUUUAACAACAUACCGAUUGUUCAGCAGAUGAAACAUCUUUACAAAAAUAUAUAAAUAAAAAAUUGCAGUAGACCAAAAACAUUUUAAAAGUUACGUGACCCAGAACCUUUAUACAGUGUGUGCCAUUGUAAAGACUGUAUGUCUCUCCCUCACAGCCUCGUUUUCAUCCACGUUAAAUCCAAUAUGGCGUCUAACUUGACUAAGGUCUACUGAUGCUCUUAAUUGCAGUUAUAAACUGUAACAAUAUUCAUUAUUAAAAUUUAAAUGUCAUUCAAUGGAUAUUUCCUGAAUGGUGAACCAGCUUUAUGUGUAUAUUAUCUACCCUUCUGUUGUUUACUAAAAUUAUUUCCAAAAAUUCAAUGUCGUAUCUUUGUUUUAGUUAGCUUACUGUGUUUCUGAAACUGGAAAUUGCCUUUGUAUAAACCAUUACUAAAUAUC